CAAUGGUAGAUCAUGUAUAGGUCCUAUAAAAAGUCACAUACAUUGUGCAAACAAAAAACCAAGAUCGUCGAAGUUCAAUAAGCUAAGGAAAGACGCAAAAUGGCUAAGGAACUUAAGGUGUUCCGCGCCUGGGGGAGCCCCUUUAGCUUUCGAGUCGAGCUCGCGCUACGGUUAAAGGGAGUUUCCUAUGAGUCAUUCGAAGAGGACCUCGCGAACAAGAGUGAGUUGCUGCUCCGGUACAAUCCAAUCCAUAAGAAGAUCCCCGUGCUCCUCCACGACGGAAAGCCGAUCGCAGAGUCGCUAGUUAUUCUCGAAUACAUCGAGGAGGCUUUCGAAGGGCAUCCUAUAUUGCCUGCCGAUCCUUACGAGAAGGCAAUGGCGCGAUUCUGGGCUAAGUUCAUCGACGAGAAGUGCACACUAGCAUUGUGGAUGUCCUGCUGGACCCAAGGCGAGGCGCAGAAGGGCUUCAUUGCGCAGUCGACCGAAAACCUAAACAUUCUUGAGGACCAGCUCAAAGGGAAGAGGUUCUUCGGCGGCGACUCGAUCGGACUCGUCGACAUAGUCGCGAGUUUUAUAGCUCACUGGUGUGGGGUGUUGCAGGAGGUGGCAGGAAUAAGCUUGAUCAAUGAAGAGAAGCACCCAAACUUAUGCAGAUGGGUUGAAGAUUAUGUGAACUAUCCUGCUGUGAAGGAGUUCUUACCUGCUAGAGAAAGGCUUCUUGCCUUCUUUACUGCCAAGAAAGAAGCCAUAAUGGCUACUAAAGCUCCAGUUUAUAAGUAGAGCUAGCUCUUUAAAUUUGCUACAAUAAUAUAUCUUUUGUAGCUUCUUUUGUGUGUGUGUGUGUGUGUGUGUGUGUAAAUUGCACUUAUGGUUCUCAAACUACAAGGCCGGAGACAUUUUGAUUUCCAAACUUCAAUUUAUUAUAAUUUCUGAUUCGAAAUUUUAAAAUUAUUGUAGUUAAGCCUUGUAAUUUAAUUUGGUUGAUUAAAUAUUGAUGAAUCAUUAAUGUAGAAUUGAUGUAGUAGUAUUGUAAUUGAUUGUACGCCAGUAAGAUGCUAUAUCAGUUUUAUAUAAGAAAUUUGUCAAUAUUUUGUCAACUAAA